CUUUUCUAUUCAAGCAAAAUUGAACGUUCAUUCCAUAGUCAAUUCUAUUCUCAUUUCGUCUUUAUGCAAUAAAUGGAUUCUCGUGAUAAAAAUAUCUAUAAUGAGUACUUCAUAAGUGAACCUUCAGUAACCGACAACCAGGAAUUGAAUGAUAUAGAUUUUGACAUUAACUGGUAUUGGACCGAUUACCAGCAAACCGAGUAUUACGAAGAUGAAAAUGGGAAAAAGUCAACUAGGAAAGUCUCUCAGAGACAGGCGGCAAAUAUGAGGGAGAGGAAGAGAAUGAGGACGAUUAAUGAUGCGUUUGAAGGCCUUAGGGCCAAGGUUCCAUUUGCGAACGAUAGCGAAAAGAAAUUAUCAAAAGUAGACACGCUAAGAUUAGCCGUCCAAUAUAUUCAGCAUUUAGCAAACGUCUUAGAGUCUUGCGGCGUCUCUACGGCGAGUAAAAGAAAAAGAAUGGGAGAAUCGAAUGGAAAAGUUAUACUAAAAUGUUCAACAAAUAAUAUGUCACCAUUGCCGGAUUCUCUACUGAGUCAGCCUGUUUACGGACAUUCCUUAUCUUGGAAUAUCGAAAAUCAACAGUUCAAGAAGAGGAAAAAAUUUUCAGCUCAAAUAUGGAUUCCUUAUCAGAUUAACGCCCAAGAACAAGCAGAAUUAUCAAGUGAUUUUUAA